AUGGAUGCCUUUGCUUGCCAUGGCUUGCUCAACCAUGAAACCAGUCCUACAGAGAAUCAGUGUGUCCAAAAGAGUGUACUAGUAAUCAUUUUAAUUAUGCAAUUCAUGACUGGAUGUUUUGGGAAUGCAUUCAUAGCUCUGGUAAAUAUAACGGACUGGGUCAAGAGAAGAGGGAUCUCUGCAGCAGAUCAGAGCCCCAUAAGAUGUCUGAAGAGCACGAGGCACUGUGCCAAAGGAUGCAGAGACAUCAGCACUGCAACCCACAUCAAAGCUUUGCAACCCAUCACCAGCUUCCUUCCACUUUAUUGUAUUUUCUUUCUCUAA